AUGUGUCCCCCAGUCAGUGUUCGCCAUGGGGCCAGGGGCAUGUCCUGCCUCUAUGGAGCCUGGCUGUACCAGCUUGUCCAUGGAGAACAUAUGAAGAUCUGUUUUGCUUGCUUCAAGGCAGCCUUCCUGCUGAAUAAACUCUACCUGGAGAUGGGAGACUGGCAAGAGGAAGAGGAGGAGGAAGAGGACGUGGGGAAUGCUGGGCUCAUGGAGCACUUGUCAGAGUCAGACUUAGAGUCAGAUUCUGAGCAGGAGUUAGGGUCUGCAGAGGAUGCAUGGCGGGGGCUGGGGCCCCUUUAUGUGCCACAGAGUGUCUCUGAAGGGUCUGGGGUCCUGGUGCCAACCCCUGUGUGGACACAUGGAGUAUUCUUCUUUAUUUCUGUGCCCACUGAGCUCUUGCCUCAGCAAGUUGUGCCUCUGGAUCUUGGCCUCGAGGUUGCAGAGUGGACCCAGGCCCUUCCCUGGAGAUUUGAUGGGCUUUUCCCCUGCUCGCACCAGCUGGUCCCUCCUCUGUCUUGGUGGGAUCUUUUCGAUGUGAUGCCAUCUCUUGGGCAACCUGUGUUGUUAGAGUUGAGGUCCGCCUGCCCCUUAGACCAGACGGUAGCACAGUCCUGGUUGCAAGACCAGAAGUUCGUCCUCCUGUUGGACAACACCCACUUUAUGUGUCACCUACUGUCAUUGCAUGUCCGCUGGGCUGUGAGAACUCAGGUCCAGCACUGGCAGGUGUUGCUGGACCCUGGCGAGAUGUGGGUGGCCCAUCUGCGGAGGGUAUUUAGAUGGCGCGGCCUGAACCAUCAGAACCGGUGCCCAUGGGGUCUGAACAUCCUGAAGGCUUCAGAAAUGGGAAUGGAGUUACUGCCUGCUGCCUGCUACCUGCGGAAGAAAGGCUUCUGGGUAGGCUCCUUCUUGCCCUGGCACUGUAGCAUGCCAGAGACCUGGAGCCGGGAGCCAGGGGAGAGGCUGUUUGUCACAGAUGCUACUAUUUGUGCCACUGACAGCCACCUUGCUCAGUCCUUCCUCCCUUGA